AUGCAUAACGCAAUUAAAGAAAACGAUCAACUGAGUGAAGCUAAUAGUUCCAGUGCACAGGAAGGUUUAACCUGUAAGAUUUAUUACAUAAAAACUCAUAAAAUUCAAGAAAGGAUCCUGAGGUUGGAAGAGAUUACCGAGGGUGUUCUUCACCCGUUACUCACAGAAACCAGCGGCUGUUUAUUAAUUAUUGUUAUGAGUGAAAAGAAUGCCAUGCGUGAAGCCUUGCUGAAUUCAUACAAUGAAUGGCUGUCGAUGAUGGGUAAUCCAAUAGAGGCUGCAGAUAGAUUCAAAACUGUUUCGUUUUGUGGUUUCAUGGUACCUAGUGUAUCAGAUAAAACACAAGUCACGUCGAAUACAAAAGAAUUCACGUAUUAUCAACUUAAUAAUUUCGCCGUGAUGGUUGGAGAUAUUCCAGAUAUAAACUUUUCUGUAAACGAACUAUCAUUAUUAGAAUCACCAGAAGUUGAUGCAAUACGAGUGAACUAUCUAGGUUUGCUUUAUUUAAAAUAUUAUUUUAGUAUUGCGAUUAAAUACUUAAUGCACUUUAGUUUUACAAUAGAAGAUAUUUGCGAAUCUAAAGAAUUGAAAAAUUAUGAGAAUAAGACUAAGGAAAUGGGAAUUAUUCAUCAAGAUACUUUGGUAAUUGAUUUUAUCCUCAAUUACUUCUACAAGAAAAGCAAUAACAACUAUAUAAUGCGCCGUUACGUUCAAGAAUGUCGAAAAAAUGUCGCAGAAUAUAUGAGAUUGAUAACAGUGAUAAAAGAA